GUGCCACUAGACGUUGCGGGGAAAGUGUGGCGUCACUCGCACUCCGGCUGUGAUAUCACGUGUUCUUAAAAUAUGGGCAAGCGCUGUUUUCAGUAAAAUAUAUAAAGGUUAUACAGUAUGUAUGGCAACUGAAGUGCUGGUGCCAGGAGUGAAUAUCGCAUUGGAGAUAGCAACAAGAAAUUCAAGAGGAGAGGACAGGAUGGCCCAAGCAGACGAGAGCCCCCAGAAAACGUUGUUUGUGUUGAUGGUGGGCAAAAGUAGGGUGAGAGAGACUGGAAAUGCCACAACUCUAAAGAGACUGAGGGCGCACAUGGAGGCAAGCGGUUGGGGCUGCGAGCUGCGCGACCCGGAGGAGCUAUCAAAUGCCGCGGCGGUGACGGCCGCUGUGGCACGCUGCGACGUUGUGCUCGGACUGCAUCUGUACCGCAGUGGCCCCGUGCUUGCAGCAUGCAGAGCGCUGAAGGUUCCCUACGUGGCGUGCUUUGGAGGGACGGAUGUGAACGAGUGCUUGCAGGUCCCGGCCAGGAAAGCCGUCAUGCAGGAGGCCGUGGCAGGGGCGGCGUCCCUCCUCGCCUUCACGGCCGCCAUGAAGGAGGCGGCGCUGGCUGCUUGGCCGUUUCUCCAGCCCGAGUGUGUGAGGGUACUCCCACAGGCGAUCUCGGUGUGCCCCGAUAACGCCUUCAAUGUGGCUCCAUACUUGAGGUCGCUGGACGAAUACCAUGCUAAGCUCCUUCCGGUCUCGGACGUCGCGGCAAAAGGCUGUACAGGAACCUGUGAUUGCACUUCCAAGGAUGUCUCUAAGAGAAUACAAUUGGAGACAAUGAAUGAAUGCAAGAAAAACGCGAUUCCGAUCAGCGAAGAAGGAUUAGCGCCAGGACAGACCUCGGUGCCUUUUAGUGGUCCUUCGUCUGUCAUUACACAGUCUGUUCCGAGGACGCAGUCAAGCUUGCCAAGGGGCGUAGCAUACCCACUGGUAGUGUUGAUAGCAGGACUUCGACCAGUUAAGGACGUACUGUAUGUAGCUGAGGCUUGGAGCAACUGGAAUGCUGAGCGGGAGGGACGAGGAAGGCUACUCAUCAUGGGCCCCGUUCUCGAUGCUCCCUACGCCCGCCAGGUUCACUCUGAGGCAUCCAGUUUUCAUUACAGGUGGUGCGGUGUAAGAGUAGCAGAUAGCCUGAAGCCACCUCAGUGCCACGCAGUCAUCGCAAGUGCCACUGUGUUGUUAAAUUCCUCCUUGAGUGAGGGCAUGUCUGCAGCUAUACUGGAGGCUAUGGUCUUGGGCACUCCCGUGUUGGCUCGGGAUAUUCCGGGCAACCGCGCGGUGGUGCGGCAUGGAGAGACGGGCAUGCUCUUCUCCUGCCCCGACACCUUCGUGCAGCAGUUGAACCGUCUCCUGGACGAGCCCGCCCUAGUGGCCACCGUCACAGCCAACGCUCGAGCCUACGUCGCCGCCCAUCACCGCCAACGCGAGGAGGCCGACGCUCUCUUGGCCGUCCUCCGGGAGGCUGUCGCACGCAGAUCGGACGCCGACUGGCAGGAGCAAUAGUAUAGACCUUAGCAGGGUAUGAAACUGUGAGGAUUUGACGAUAUUUAUGCAUUUUCUCUCUCUCUCUCUCUCUCUCUCUCUCUCUCUCUCUCUCUCUCUCUCUCUCUCUCUCUCUCUCUCUCUCUCUCUCUCUCUCUCCCGUUUCUCUCUCCCUCUCCCUCUCUCUUGUAUAAUUUUAUUCUUCUUUUUUGUUAUUCAGUUAUAAUUGUGGUAUUUUGUGUAUUAUGCCGUACUUCAUACAUAUAAAAAUGUCAGUGCUCAAGUGUAGUUUAUAUAUAUAUUUUUUGGGAAAUAAAUAUUUUCUGAAGA